AUGGUUCGGGAGACGGAAGGCGAAACAAACUCAACAGUCCGCAAAAAUUUGGAGCGCCAGCGACGGAAACAGGAGUAUGCAGAGAAGCAGAGCACAACGAUGUCGAGAGGAAGGCCCCUGCAGGCGUUGGACCGGAGGCGCCUCCCAAAGCAUGAGAACAUCGAACAAAGGAAAAGUAACAAAGCGAAGAAGAGAAAGAAAAUGGCGAAGCCGAAGUGUCGUCGCACGAAGACGAAGAAGCGAGACGAAAGAGAGGCAGGAGGAAACCACAGGAGGGAAGCGUCGAAACAGCAGAGCAGCAUGGAAGCGGACAAAAGAAGAAAGAGUGGACGCAUCUUACCUUGCUUGAGUCCGCCAUGGAGCCGACGCCGAAGAGAAAAGGCUCUGUCACUCGUCCUCUUCUCGAUCUAUUCAGCCGCAGAUAAAGGCAAGAGGGGGAAAAAGGAAAGGGCAACAGAGAAAGCGCAGCACGACUCGAAGCGAGUGGAGACAAAGAGGCGCUUGUGA